ACAAUUUCACCGAGUCAUUUCUUGCAGCCGAGUAAUUCACAAACGCCUAGAGAACCGGCUCAAUCGAAUUGUUCGAACAAGCCUUUAGUUCGCGAUUCGGACAGCAGUAGAAAAGAAAGAGGCCAGCUGAGGGGGCGUGUUGCGCACGUUUAUGCUGAAGUUGGGCAGCUUUGCAGAUUGAGAAGGGAGGCACGGAGGUACACGGAGGAGACCUCAUUCAGGUGUUUAGAGGAGUUGGCAGUGGACAUGCCCAGGCCUGUAUACCAUCAUUGACACCGGGACUCAUCUCUUCACCGGGUUUAAGUGCGCAAAAUGAACGGAACAGCGGACAUCUGCAACCACUGUCGGAACAUGAUAAGGGAGAAGGAAAAAGGAAUGAAGAUGUCAAGACGUAUAUCAACAGGACCAAGUUCAUUUAUUCCAGAAAAUGAGAUCAUAGGAGCUGCGCCCCUGAGUGACCCCUCAGCGAUGUAUUUAGAUGAAGAGUAUAAUGGGCGUGUCGAUAACCUGACACAGGUGAUGGGGCUCCACCCACAUUACCUGCAAGCCUUCCUGCGGUGUCACUAUUACCUCCUGAGGAUGGACGGCCCCCUACCACUGCACUACAGACAUUACAUCGCUAUAAUGGCCGCGGCACGACAUCAAUGUUCGGCGCUGGUGUGUCAGCACGUGCAAGAGUUCGAGCAGAUAGGCGGGUGUUCUGAUUGGUUGAGAGGUUUAGAGUUCUGCCCGCAGCGACUUCGCAACCUCAAUGAGAUCAACAAAAUCCUUGCGCACAGACCGUGGCUUAUUACCAAGCAACAUAUACAGGCUCUGGUGAAGACGGGGGAACACAGCUGGUCUUUGGCCGAGCUGGUUCAUGCGGUCGUCCUCCUGGCUCACUUUCAUGCCUUGUCCAGUUUUGUAUUUGGUAGCGGUGUCAACCCUGACCCUGAGGUCACAGAGGUCAGCGGGGUUUCGAAUGACCUUUGCCCCCCGGCUAUGGCGAGUCUGUGCACCUGCCACCUAUCAAACAGCAACCAGGCCAACAAAAACUCUCAGCGUAACGCUGGGAGUGAACUAGAAGCUCUGAUGGAGAGAAUGAAGCGACUGCAGGAGGAGAGAGAAGAUGAUGAUGCGUCAGAAGAGGAGAUGUUCACACGCUUCGAAAAAGAGAAGAAAGAGAGUCUUCUGGUUGUGUCUGCAGAGUUCGACGAGGAGGUUGUGCCUCCCUCUCCAGUGGCUCGGUUUGUGGACGACUCGUCGUUUGGAUACCAGGACUUUGCACGACAUGCAGAAGACAACCCACCCACCUUUAAAGCACAGGACUACUCAUGGGAGGAUCAUGGUUUCUCUCUGGUGAACAGGUUGUACUCUGACAUUGGUCACCUGUUGGACGAUAAGUUCAGAACCGCGUGUGACCUGACCUACUACAACAUGGCCAGUCACGAAGGGGUGGACACUAGUAUGCUGCGUAGGGCGCUGUUCAACUACGUCCACUGUAUGUAUGGAAUUAGGUAUGAUGACUAUGACUACGGGGAAGUAAAUCAGCUGUUGGAACGAAGUCUGAAGGUUUACAUUAAAACAGUGACUUGUUACCCAGAGAGAACCACACGUCGCAUGUACGAAAGCUACUGGCACCAGUUUAGACAUUCAGAGAAGGUUCACGUGAAUUUGCUUCUGAUGGAGGCCCGAAUGCAAGCAGAAUUGCUGUAUGCUUUGAGAGCUAUAACCCAUUAUAUGACUUGACAAAUCUGACGUUAUACCCAUGACUCAUUUAAUCCAAAUUCACCCAAUAGGGGCUUUCAGAUUAUUGUAGGAUAAAUCGUCCUUGUGACUCAACCAAUCAGACUGAAUAAUUUUGAUUCGGAAAGCCACCUAAGACGAUGGCGGCGAUUCACAUAAAACAAGAUUGUGGGAGGAUUUAAAUGGGAUGGGUCAUACAAAUCCCAACAUAAAAAUAGACUCGGCUGAUUAAGACUUGACCCCUGAACAGCGUAUGACAUCAUGAUUCAUGACUUGACAAAUCACAUUUUAACGUGCAAUAUUUUCUCAUUGAAAACUCAUUUAUACUGUAAGCUAAAAACCUGGAGGAUUGUGUGUACAUCCUUCUUAAAGAAACCUUUUUUUUGCACAUCUGAGAAAAUAAGUUUUCGAUAUACUGUUUUCUUUUUAGUAAAUCACCAGAAAUGUUAACAACUGAAUGUGAGACUCCGGUGUGGAGUAAACUGCUUUAGAUGAUAAGACUUUUCCUUUUUUUUAAGCUUGGUGCCUUUUUACAUUCUUUAAUGUACUUUGUUCACUUGUUUUUAUUGAAUGUAUUGUUUUUUUUCAGAUCAAUUUAGUUUGUUUAGUUGUUUACCUUAAACCUAAAGCUUUUGUAGCAUUAACAGUGCACUAUCAGUCCUUUAAUAGUUUCUUUCAUUCUCAGUGUUAUACUUUAGAUAGCAACAUUUGUUUUACUUUAUACGUUGCAAACUUUUAAGAAUUUUGUUUUUAGGACUUUCAAUACUAAUUACACACUGCAAAAAAUGAUUUUCAAGAAAAAAAAUUCUUAGUAUUUUUGUCUUGUUUACAGUAAAAAUAUCUAAAAAUUCUUAAAGACGAGUAGUUAUACAAGCAAGUUUGGUGGUACAAAAUAAAACGUAGCGCUUUUCUAAGCGGAUUUAAAAGAGGAACUAUAUUUUAUGGCGUAAUAGCACUUUUGGGAGUACUUCGACUCGCCUGAAAAGUCCGCUCCCCUUCUCACUCUCAUAAUGGGAGAGGGAGGGUGUUACUGCGCCGAGUCCAAGUACUCCCAAAAGUGCUAUUACGCCAUAAAAUGUAGCUCCUCUUUUAAAUCCGCUUAGAAAAACGAUACGUUUUAUUUUGUAGCACCAAACUUGCUCGUAUAACUACUCGUCUUAAAUAGGAAAAACGUUGAUGUGUUUGGUCACUUCUAACUUUAUCUCUAAAUGGUACAAUUGAAUGAAUGGGGCUAAGCUAAAUGCUAUCGAAGCGUCGCAGCGCGCUCCGGCGCUUACGUGCACGCACACAGAUGAUAGAGGGAUGUAUCAACAAUUCUUAGUUAAGGUAAUAACAUAUUUUAAUAUUGAAAAUGAGUAGACUAUUCCUUUAAAUUUAUUUUGUGUCGAUUUGCUCAUCAAGAAAAAGCAUCUUAAUUUAAGAAUUUUUAGAUAUUUUUACUGAAAACAAGACAAAAAUACAAUAAAAAUACUACUCAUUUUUUGCAGUGCACCUUGCGACUUUAAUUUUCUUUGUGCGAGUGUGUGCGCGAGGUUCAACAUGUAGCAUAUCUUACUUCUGUAUGUAUAGGACAAAGUAUUUGCACAUCCGUUACCCAUAUUUCCAUGCGCGUGUGCCUCCGUGAAAGAAAACGGCAUACGCAGGCAUGUCAGAGUUCAUUGUACUACUAACUAUUUUUGAUGCGAUCAUUGCGUUCCAUCAAAACAUUUUUCUGUUUGUUUAUGUCACUUUAGGAAUCAUACAUAUUUGCACAUAUGUAAUCAAGGUGCAGCAUUGGUUUCCUUUUAAAAUCUGUUCAGGUUGUCUGACAAUAAAUAAAUGGUGUAAAGAUAAGCUCUAUAGAAGAUACAAAGUGUUGCCUUAUACAUGUUUAGUGUCAUUGAAGUGCCUCUAAAAUGAAAUUGACAUUUCAAAGCAAGUUGCCAUAUAUUGGUGUCUGAUGCAUUUGAUGCUUGUGAAAGUUGUGCAGGUGACUAUGAUGCAUUUAUUUUCUUUGGAUUCAUCUGGCAUUGCAUCUCCAGUGUCCCUACACAGAACUGUAUUUCAAUAAAGUUAUUAAACAAA